AUGUUUGCGGAACAACCUCGCUUGUCCCCUCACAUCGUCCUCAGCCUUGACGCAUCGCCACCCUCGCGACCCCCGUGUCCCCGUCGCCAUCACCACUCCCAACGCUUCCUCGCACAGGCCCGCGGCAUCCUCUUUCCACCCCGCGCGCGCUCUUUUCGCCUCCCGCGCGGCAUCCUCUUGCCGCCCCGCGCGCGCAUUUGCUGCCUCUCCGGCGGUCUCCUCUCACCAUCCCUAGCGUGCGGCACGCGCCUUUAUAGCGCGCGCGUCUGUUGCCUCCCCGCAUGGCCUCCCCUCAGCAUCCCGUGCGUGCUCCUCGACAACUCACCCUCGCGUGAGCCUCUCGCCUUUAUAGCGCGCGCUAUAAACUGUGCACCCAUGCGCGGGCUCCUCUCACCUUCCCGCUCGUCCUCCUCUCGCCGCCCCACGCGUGCAUCUCUCGCCUCCCCGCACGUGCAUCUCUCGCCUCCCCGCGCGUGCAUCUCUCGCCUCCCCGCGCGUGCAUCUCUCGCCUCCCCGCGCGUGCUCCUCCCGCCACCCCGCGCGCACCCCUCUGGCCCCCCCGCGCAGCAUCCUCUUACCAUGCGCACGUGCGACACUCGCCUCCCCUCGCGAGCUCCGCUCUCCUCACCUCCAAUGCAUGCUCCCCUCCCCUCCCCGCGCAUGCUCCUUUCUCCUCACCUCCCCACGUGUGCGACUCUCUGCUCACCCUGCGUGCGGCUCUCGCCUCCCCGCACGUGCUUCCCCCUCCUCACCUUGCGUGCUCCUCUCGCCUCCCCGCGUGUGCUCCCCUCUCCUCCCCGCGCGUGCUCCCCUCUCCUCCCCGCGCGGACUCCUCUCACCUCACCGUGCGAGCUCCUCUCUCCUGACCUUGCGUGCUCCUCUGCUCUUCUGUUCCCCCUCUCCCCCUCUUUUUCUGCCCUGCUCCUCUUUCGCUCUCUGCUUCUCUUUCCCCCCUCUGCUUCUCUUGUCGACCUCCACUCAUCCUUGCCCCCUCGCUCCCUUCCAUCCCACUCAACUGCCUCCCCUCGCGUGCUCCUCUCGCCUUUAUAG